CCGAGUGACCCGCUCCCCGCCGCCUCCUAUUGGCUGCGAGUGGGUGGUGCGCGCCAACCGGAAGUGCGGCCGCGUUUCCGGUGCCGGUGGGACGAAGGAGGAGGAGGAGGCGGCGGCGGCGGCCGGUAACGGCGCUGGGUCGGUGGCCGGUGAGCUUUGUCCCAGAGCAGGAGGAAACCAUGGUGUGCAUUCCUUGUAUCGUCAUUCCCAUUCUCCUCUGGGUCUACAAGAAGUUCCUGGAACCUUACAUCUACCCCGUUAUCGCGCCCUUCGUUAAGCGCGUCUGGCCCAAGAGAGCGGUGGAAGAAACCACGGCCAUGAAUCAAGGUCAAGGAGGUGGCACCAGAUAUCCCCGGCCACCUUCACGCGCCAAGAGAGACCAGGAGGAUGACUUCGGAAUAUAUAAAUUUGGAAGCAACGGGGUCGCGAAUGGAAUCGCCGCCAAGGGAUCCACAGAGGUUUCCGACAAGAAAACGGAUUAAAGGAAUUCAUUCCUGAGGAUUUUAUUCUCUUGUGUCCGAUACGAACUGGUGAUAUUUUUCUCACUUUGAGACUUUUUUUGGUCUUUUUCUUUGCACAUUUGCGCUGAGUGAUAACCCUUGUCGCUUAGAGAAGAAGGGUCUCUUUUUGCCACUAAAACGGCAGCAGUUUCUUAAUUUAAAAUGUUUGAA